UAAAUCUAGUACAAUAAAUUGCUCGCUACUCUGUUGUGUGCUGUGCUUGCGCUCGACGUUCCGUGUCCGUGUGGCUAGAUGUCUGUCGGUCUGCUGCUUCAAAUGGCUCAAAUGCAACAGUUCCGCACGUGUAAAAAGUAUACUUGGACAGUGAAAUAAAAAAAUAAGAAAAUAUACUUUAUUUUUCCAAUGGUGUCAUAUGUAUAUUCGGUUUAUGGAGCCAAACUUAAUAAUCAUAUCAAGCUGGUGAAUACCAAAAGCACGCAGCCGGCGAGAGGAAUGCGCAACAAACCGUGUUUCAGUUUUAGCAAAUUUGUGUUGUUAUUGUUCGCUGUUGAUAAAGAAUAAAUGAAAAGUGCAAAUAUUGUACAACAAAGAGCAAAGAGCGUUAAUAUGCUUUAAUGAUGUGGAUUAUUAUGCAAAUGAAGUGUUUUUUAGUUUAGUAGUGUCUCUUCCAGAAUUUGCACAUUGAAAAUAUUAAAACAAAAAAAAAAAUAAUAAUAAACUUAUAAAACAAAAAAGAGAUACCUACUUUAAUGUGUGCGCGUUGUACCUCGCUUUAUCACUUACCCUUCGUUAUAUCUCGUACAACUUAUCUUGAUUAAAUAUUAUGCUAAGAAUACGGCAGAAGUAGCUGCCGGCAAGUCAACUUAAAGUCUGAAAUUAUAUACAUAUGUACAUACAUACUUAAGUGAAACUAUAGUGUAAAAUUAAAAAAAAAUUAAAACGUGUUCUAAGUUGAAGGGAGAUAGAGGAAAACAACAACAACUAAACUCAGCCGUAUCUAGACAAAACCAAAAGAAAACAUAAAUUUUUUGGUUUUGUACAAGUUAGUUGUUUGUGAUAUGACUGCUAAAUAUCACAAGAAUGCAUCCAGCGGGCGAAAAAAGGGGUCGCCCCAAAAAUAAAUACACAGCUCAUGCCCUCGAAUCUAUUAAACAGGAUCUGACACGAUUUCAAGUACAAAGGGACAAUGGUGGAGCACAGAAUUUCGCACCGAUGCGCUACAAUGCGGUCAAUGGGGGUCGUUCCGAUCCGCCGGACUACAUGCAUGCCAAGCUGAUGGAUCCCAUGCCGGCUAUAUCGCCCUUACCUGUUGCACCAUCACCGAAUCCCCAACUAAACGGACAUGUGCCAAAAGUUCUGCCACCCGGCCUUAUAUCAGCGAAAUUGAUACGCAAACCAAGUAUCGAACGUGAAACGCCGCUCAAUUAUCUGCACCGAUGCAGUCCGGCGUUGGACUCUGGCGCCGGCAGUUCACGAUCGGAUAGCCCACAUUCGCAUCAGCAAGUCACAAAUGCCGGGCGCGUCAGCACUGGACAAUAUUCGCCGUCACCUUCAAGUUUCAGCGACAUUGGUCCACCAGCACCGCCGCCACGGCAUCCGACAACGGCGAAUUCCGCUACACCGCCACCGCCUAACCAACUGUACAAAAGGCGCUCACCUGCUAAUACGAGGCCAGCGGCAAUUACACCGAAUCCGACAACGCGUGGCACAUCGCCUGUCAUUUUGCGAAAUGGCAUCAAAGCACAACAACAGUUGUCACAAAUGAAGGCGCUGAGCUUAUACCAAGCUGGUGGCAGCGCUGUAGAGCCGCCACCACCGCCGUAUCCUAUCAACACAGUGGUGGUGGCUACAUCGGCGCCACCGCCCAGUUACACCGCCUCCAUGCAAUCCCGUCAGUCACCCACGCAGUCACAAUCCGAUUACCGUAAGUCACCGAGCAGCGGCAUAUACUCAGCCACGUCUGCCGGUUCGCCCAGUCCCAUCACAGUGUCAAAUAGCGCGAUACUGCCACUGCAGCCGACUGCGGUAGCGCGUCCGCAGCCACGUACCUACGCAACGCGCACUCAACAACCAAUCAUCAUGCAGAGUGUACGGUCCACACAGGUGCAAAAGCCGGUUCUGCAGACGGCUGUGGCGCCGCAGACACCAGUCUCGGCGUCGGCUUGCAAUUCGCCUGUACACAUAAUGCCCGCGCCACCUUCGUACCCGCAAAAAUCGGCCGUUGUUGUGCAACAACAACAAGCAGCACAACAGCAGUCGCCGCUGUUGGCUGGUGGCGUUCCCACCACACUAAGCCCUGUAGUCAAGUCUUCGACGCCCACCACACCGCCGCUCAUUGCCAACGCGCUAAACGGCACUGUGGUGAGCAAGCCGAUAUGCACUGAUCCGCCUUCGUAUUCGGUCACAAUGCAAGCGCUGCAGCAGCAACAAGCAACGGCAGCACAGUUGCGCGCCGCUGCGGCGUUAACUGCACAGCAACAACAACAGCAACAGCAGCAAAAGCAGAUGUGCGCGGUGCCAGUGUCCACACGCCAAUUGCCACCGCCACCGCCCUAUCAGAGCACACGCGCUGCGCCAGCGCCACCGACGCACUCAGUCGCGGACAUGAGUGGCAACAAUAAUCCGCUGGAAAUGAAGGCAAACAGCAAAGCGGCGGCGGUGCUGCACAGCAACAUGGUGAACAACAACCAAAUCAUGAACAGCAACUUGGCAACAACACCGCCAAUACCGCCGGCGAAAAAUAGCGGCGGCAGUGGGGGCACAACUAGUUCCGGCAGUGGUGGUGGCGGCGGCACAUCGCCGGCAGCGACUGGUGGUGGCGCCGUGGGCAAAGGCGGCGAGAAAAUCAAGCAUGCAUCGCCCAUACCGGAACGCAAAAAAGUCUCCAAGGAAAAGGAGGAAGAGCGCAAGGAUAGUCGCAUAACGCAGUACUCGCCGCAGGCGUAUAAAUUCUACAUGGAACAGCAUAUCGAAAACGUGAUCAAAUCCUGCAAACAGCGCGCUUAUCGAAAAAAUCAGCUGGAGAAGGAGAUGACACGCAUGUGCUUGCCGCAGCAGGCGCAAGUGGAGAUGCGCAAGAUGUUAAGGCAAAAGGAGAGCAAUUACAUACGCUUGAAACGCGCCAAAAUGAAUAAGAGCAUGUUUGCGAAGAUUCAAGACAUCGGCUUGGGCGCGUUCGGCGAGGUAUCGCUGGUACAGAAGAUCGAUUCAACGAGUCAUCUGUACGCCAUGAAGACGCUACGGAAGGCGGACGUGCUGAAGCGCAAUCAGGUGGCACAUGUGAAAGCAGAACGUGAUAUUUUAGCGGAGGCCGACAAUAAUUGGGUUGUUAAAUUAUACUAUAGUUUUCAGGAUAAGGAGAAUUUAUAUUUUGUGAUGGACUAUAUACCGGGAGGAGACCUCAUGUCUCUAUUAAUUAAGAAGGGCAUAUUUGAAGAACCGUUAGCGCGAUUUUACAUUGCCGAACUGACAUGCGCUGUUGAAAGUGUACACAAAAUGGGUUUUAUUCAUAGGGAUAUUAAACCUGACAAUAUACUCAUCGAUAAGGAUGGUCACAUAAAACUGACUGAUUUUGGAUUAUGCACGGGAUUUAGAUGGACACAUAAUUCGAAAUAUUAUCAAGAAAAUGGCAAUCAUUCGAGGCAAGAUUCAAUGGAGCCGUGGGAGGAGUACCCCGAAAACGGGCACAGGCAAACUGUAUUAGAAAGGCGACGCAUACGCGAUCAUCAGCGAGUAUUGGCACAUUCAUUGGUAGGCACACCCAAUUACAUUGCACCAGAAGUGCUCGAACGGAGCGGUUAUACACAACUUUGUGAUUGGUGGAGUGUCGGUGUUAUACUCUACGAAAUGUUAGUCGGACAGCCGCCAUUCUUAGCGGAGACACCAGUAGAAACACAACAAAAAGUAAUCAAUUGGCAGAAAACUCUUAUGAUACCGCCACAAGCAAAACUCACGCCAGAAGCUACAGACCUAAUACGACGCUUAUGCGCAUCAGCCGAUAAACGCCUGGGCAAAAAUACCGAGGAGGUGAAAGCGCAUCCCUUCUUCAAGGGUGUGGAUUUUGCUGAUAUGCGGCAGCAAACUGCUCCAUAUAUUCCAAAGAUUGAAUUUCCCACAGAUACGUCCAAUUUCGAUCCAAUCGAUCCCGAUAAAUUACGUUCGAAUAAUUCAAAUAUGAGUGGUGAUGAUUUUGCUUAUGUUGACAGUCAGUCCCAUGGAUUUUUCGAAUUUACAUUUAGAAGAUUCUUCGAUGAUCGUUUCAAUUCGGAGAUCACAGACGAUCACUCAUCCUAUCAGGACGUCGGAAAUACAACACAGAGCAAUCAUAAUGUAAACGAACAGUUUAUUUAGUCAUUUAAGUAAUUACAGCAAAUUAGCAGAGAAAAUUUAUUAUAUAUUUUAAGCAAUGAUGUAUGUAAUUAGUUAUAUAGUUAAUUAAUUAAUGCAAUGUCACAAAAAUCUCCUAGAAUGAUGUUAAUAAGAGCAAAAGUUACAGCAGACUGUUUUUUGCAAUAUUUAUUUUAAAAUAGUAUCACCCACCGUUACUAAAAAAAAACAAGAAAAGAAAGAGUUUCACUAAAGAUUUGUAUGUAUGCAGAAGAACCAGCUCAGCUAUGUAUGAAUGAUGCCACUAGUAAAUAUGACACGCAAGUGUAUAUGUAUACGGAAAUUUAAAUUUUUUACAAAGCGCAUAGCCUAUUUUUGAUCCUGACUUGUGAACCGCAUAACCUACAAAAUGAGAAAUAUAUUUUUUUUUUUUUUUAAUUUACAAGUAUCGAAGUUUUAUAAUUGCUUGGCUAUUGGGCUACUUUAUGAUUAAUAGCUAGAUAUUCAUUUGACAUAUAAAUUGAUUUUACCAAAAUUAAUGAUAAUGUACUGAAACUGUAGUUGAAACAAUUAAAAUAAAAAAAUUUGAAAAUUA